CGGAAAGCAGCGGGUGCUGGUUGGCUGGCGUGGCCAUCAGUUAGGGUCGAGGCCUUGAUAACCCGUCCCCGAGCUUCGAGGGGGCGGGCUCGGGUGCGGGCGCGGCGGGGGCUGCGGCUUCAGACUCUUACAAGCCAGGAGCAGAACACCAUGGCACUCCACUAGAGACAUCCUAGGGAGAUCGGUAUCCAUUGAGUUGUAUCCUUGGUGCAUCUGGCCCACAACCUCUCCAUCAUUCCCAUAAGGCUCUCACAAGUGACUUGAAUCUGACCAGAUGAUUUUCUCAUGAGCCCAUGAAGGGCUUCCAACUCUCACCUUCUUCUUCUGAAGGUUCACACCUCAUCCCUUUGAGCAUCAAUUUCUAAUUUUGCCCUGGGACUGACACAACUUGGCAGGGUGUGUCUUGCAGCUACUUCAGAAAACAUGGCCAAGUUUGCCCUGAAUCAGAACCUGCCCGACCUGGGCGGCCCUCGCCUGGGCCCCGGCCCCACCGCGGGCGCCCGCAGCCCGAGCUCGCCCUACUCAGUGGAGACGCCGUACGGCUUCCACCUGGACCUGGACUUCCUCAAGUACGUGGAGGAGCUGGAGCGCGGCCCCGCCCCCCGCCGCGCCCCGGGCCCCCCGCCCCCGCGUCGCCCCCGUGUACCCCGGGCGGGCCUCGCUGGCGCGCGAAGCCCAGGCGCCUGGACGUCCAGCGAAUCCCUGGCCAGUGACGAUGGGGGAGCAUCGGGCGCACUCUCCCCGGGCGCGCCCUCGGGGCUCCUGCUGCCGCCGCUGUCGCCGUGCGUACCCGUCCGUAACCCGCGCGUCGAGCACACGCUCCUGGAAACCAGCCGGCGGCUGGAGCUGGCGCAGGCGCACGAGCGCGCGCCCAGCCCCGCCCGCGCCAUCCCGCGCAGCCCGCGGGGAUCUGGCCGCAGCAGCCCCGCCCCCAGCCCCGCCUCCAACCCCGCCCCCGCGUCUCCCGGUCCCGCGCAAUUGCAGCUGGUGCGCGAGCAGAUGGCCGCGGCUCUGCGGCGCCUGCGCGAGCUCGAGGACCAGGCGCGCGCGCUGCCCGAACUGCAGGAGCAGGUGCGCGCGCUGCGUGCGGAGAAGGCGCGGCUGUUGGCUGGACGCUGGCAGCCGGAGCCCGACGGGGAGGCCGAGGCGCGCCCCGACAAGCUAGCCCAGCUGCGGCGCCUCACCGAGCGCCUCGCCACCUCCGAGCGCGGCGUUCGCUCCAGGGCCAGUCCCUGGGCCGAUGGCCCCGACGGGCCGGCUUCUAGGCGCAGUGAGGGCGCACUCGAGGUCCCCGACGCAACCGGGACCCCCGACGGGGCGCCGCAGACGCGGGAGGCUGGCGUCCAGGCGGUGCCCAAGACCCAAGACGCUAGGGCCCAGGCGGUGCCGGAGGCCCGGGAGGCCAGCGUAGACGCGGUCCCCGAGACCCUCGAGUCGGACGCGUGGGUGACCGAGGCGCUGCUGGGGUUGCCCGAGGCCGCCGAGCGCGAGCUGGAGCUGCUCCGCGCCAGCCUGGAGCACCAGCGCGGUGUGAGCGAGCUCCUGCGCUGCCGGCUGCGCCAGCUGGAGGAGGCCCGCGAGGCUGCCGAGGAGGAGGCAGCUGCGGCGGCCCAGCCCCAGCCGCGCGAGGCUGCCACCCAGACCCCGUGGGGUUGUGCCGCGAAGGCCACACAGACCGAGACCCUCGGCGAGGCCCCUAGCCUGAGUCAGGAGAACCCGUCGGGACCCACGGAUGGGGACAGAGCUGUGGCCCCUGCGGGCAUCCUCAAAUCCAUCAUGAAGAGGAGAGAUGGUACACCUGGCGCCCAGCCCAGUCCAGGACCCAAGAGCCUGCAGUUUGUUGGGGUCCUCAACGGAGAGUACGAGAGCUCAUCCAGCGAGGACGACAGCGACAGUGACAGCGACAGCGGCAGCGAGGACGGUGCUCCUGAGCCUCCAAGGAGCAGCUCGUCCGGGUAUGGCAGCGGCAGGGAUGUCGGGGACGACAGUGGCAAGGAUGCCCUGGACCCCGAGCCUGAACCGGAGCCCGAGCCCGAGCCUGAACCCGAACCCGAACCCGAGCCCGAACUCGAGCCCGAGCCCCAGCCGGAGCCCCAGCCGGAGCCAGAGGCAGAACCUCAGCCUCGUGCGCAGGGGAGGUGCGAGCUGAGCCCGCGUUUGAAGGAGGCGUGCACAGCGCUGCAGCGGCAGCUGAGCCGGCCCCGCGGAAUCACCCGCGAUGGCGGCGCGGCGCGCCUAGUGGCCCAGGAGUGGUUUCGAGUGUCCAGCCAGCGGCGCUCUCAGGCAGAGCCCGUGGCUGGGGUCCUGGGAGCGGUGGCGCGCCUGGGACCUGAGCUCCUGGCGCACGUGGUGAACCUGGCAGAUGGCAACGGGAACACAGCCCUGCACUACACCGUGUCCCACGGGAACCUGACCAUCUCGAGCUUGCUGCUGGAUACCGGGGUCUGUGAGGUUGACCGUCAGAAUCGGGCUGGCUACUCAGCCCUCAUGCUGGCUGCACUCACCUCUGUGGGGCGGGAAGAGGACAUAGCCGUGGUUCAGAGACUCUUCCAUAUGGGCAACGUUAAUGCCAAGGCCAGCCAGACAGGACAGACGGCCCUCAUGCUGGCCAUCAGCCACGGCCGCCAGGACAUGGUGGCAGCCCUGCUGGCAUGUGGGGCAGAUGUAAAUGCCCAGGAUGUGGAUGGGGCCACAGCGCUGAUGUGUGCCAGCGAGUAUGGGCGCCUGGACACGGUCCGGCUGCUGCUGGCCCAACCAGGCUGCGACCCGGCCCUCCUGGACAAUGAGGGCACCAGUGCCCUGGCCAUUGCCUUGGAGGCUGAGCAGGACGAGGUGGCCGCUCUGCUGCAUGCCCACCUGAGCUCGGGCCAGCCUGAUCCCCCUUCAGCCCUUCAGCCCCCCACGGCUGUGCCUGGUGAAGGAGAAUGCAGUGACCACAGAGAAGACCCCCAGCCUCAGUGAGCAGCCUGGCACCCUGGACCUGGAUUGGGAGAGUCUGUUCCGUCCUCCACCCCAGCCUCUGGGGCACAGCAGGGGCCAGGGUUUGCUAUCCAGAUGCUAGCCCUGGGCCAAGAGAAAGGCUUGGAUGGCUCAGUGUUCAGGAGAGGCUCACCUUGGACCAGCAGGGUGAGGAAGGGGCUGAAAAGUGACAAGGCCCCUGAGUCCACCCAAUUCCAGAAUAAAACAUUACUAACUCAA